AUGGACAAAAUUCCUGUAACUGAGCAUGAAACGCCGUUAAGAAUAAAUGACAAUGAUGUAAUCAAGGCUCUUGGUAUCGUAUGGCAGCCUUCAACCGAUGAACUGCAAUUUGUCAAUCCUUUGGAGAACGUUAAAAGCUGCAACCGCAUCACGAAAAGAACUAUUUUGGCAGAUGUUGCCCGCUUAUUUGACCCCUUAGGGUUGGUAAAUCCAGUCAUCGUUAUCGGCAAGAUGUUCCUGCAGCGCCUUUGGAUCGCAAAGGUUGAAUGGGAUGAAGAAAUCGCUGAUGAUCUGAAAGAAGAAUGGGUUAAGUAUCGAUCCCAGCUUGGCGAACUUUCAAAGAUACGAGUUCCGAGGUACGUGUUUUCACAAGAUCUUGUCCGUUGUGAGCUGCAUGGAUUUUCGGACGCAUCUCUCAAGGCCUUUGGAUGUUGCAUUUACGUUCGUGUCGAAGAUUGUCUUGGAAGAACAUCAGUUCAUUUGUUGAGUGCAAAAUCCAAAGUGGCACCUGUUUCGACUCAAAGUUUGCCAAGACUUGAACUGUGUGCUGCUCUACUUUUGUCCAAACUUCUUCAGCGUGUUCUUGAAUCCUUUGACACAAGGUUUGACCAAAUCUUCCUGUGGACGGAUUCGGAAAUCGUUUUGGACUGGCUUGCAGAUCAUCCCUCUUCUUGGAAUACAUUCGUUGCCAAUCGGGUGGCCUUGAUUCAGAAGCUGACAGUAAAGGGAACUUGGAGACAUGUCAACACGAAAUUUAAUCCAGCCGACAUAGUUUCUCGUGGCUCGCUCGUCGCAGAUUUGAUGGAUUCGUUCUGGUUUACCGGUCCUCAUUUCUUAUACCACCAUCCAAGUCACUAG